UGUGCAUUGACAACAGGUAUUUUCAUUUUGUUUGAUGGAUGAAGAAGGUGAAUAAUAGGCGAAAGGGUAUUGUGGGGUGUGAGAAAGAGGGAGAGAGAGCGGGUGGGAAGAGGCAAAGUUGAAGGCUUUUGGAGAAGAAUGAACAAAGAGCUUACAGGCUUGGGAAAGGUUUGGGAAGCAGCAGUUAGAAAAUCAGCAGGUCCAAGGAAGAGGGCAAAGAGCAUCUUCACAUCAAUGUCUGUUGCCCAUGUUGAUGAUGAUGAUGAUGGAAGGCAUGGUGAUGAGGUAUCCCAUGUUGAGAAGAUUCUCCCCAAUGGUGACUUCUACACAGGGCAAUGGCUUGACAAUUGUCCCUAUGGCAAUGGAAAGUAUCUAUGGACAGAUGGGUGCAUGUAUGUUGGAGAAUGGCAAAAGGGUGGCAUCAUGGGAAAAGGGAAGUUUACUUGGCCAAAUGGUGCCUCCUAUGAGGGUGACUUCAAGAGUGGUUACAUGGAUGGCAAGGGCUCUUACAUAGGUUCUUCUGGGGACACCUACAAAGGUUGUUGGGUGAUGGAGUUGAGGCAGGGUCAAGGGACUCAGAGUUAUCCCAAUGGGGACUUGUAUGAUGGAGAAUGGAGGAAAGGGGUGCAGAGUGGACAUGGGAGGUACCAAUGGAAGAAUGGGAGCCAUUACGUCGGCCAGUGGAGGAAUGGUUUGUUCUGUGGGAAUGGUACCAUGGUGUGGAACAGUGGGAACAGGUAUGAUGGUUCUUGGGAAGAUGGGUUGCCAAAGGGGAAUGGAACAUUCAGGUUUGGUGAUGGGAGUCUCUAUGUUGGAGUUUGGAGCAAAGAUCCAAAGGAGCAAAGUGGGACUUAUUACCCUUCUUCUUCCUCUGAUGGCAAUUUGGAGUGGGAUCCUCAGGAGCUGUUUUCUGUGGACUUGAUUGAUUGCAGUGUUUGUUCUUAUGAGAAAAUCACAAUUUUUCCUUCACAGAAGACUUUGACUGUGCCUGGGUUUGAGGAAGAUAAGAUGAGUAAGAAGGGAACUGAUGCAAAUGGGAGGCAAAGGUGGACGUCAGUGGAUGGAAGGAUUAGUAAUUACAGUUCUGAAGAUGGCUCUUACAGUUAUGAUGGCUCAAGGAGCCCUCAGGUUGAUAGUUCUGUUCCAAGAGUGCCAAAUUUGAGGUUGAAGGCUCCAAAGAAACAAGGAGAGACUAUAUCCAAAGGGCAUAAGAAUUAUGAGCUCAUGCUUAAUCUGCAGCUUGGUAUCAGACAUGCUGUUGGAAGACCUGCUCCAAGUACCUCUCUUGAUUUGAAGUCUUCUGCAUUCGAUCCUAAAGAAAAAGUAUGGACUAAAUUUCCACCAGAAGGAUCCAAGCACACGCCACCUCACCCAUCUUGCGAGUUUCGAUGGAAAGACUACUGCCCGGUAGUGUUCAGGGCUCUCAGAAAGUUGUUCAAAGUAGAUCCUGCUGAUUACAUGAUAUCAUUAUGUGGGAACGAUGCACUUCGGGAGCUCUCGUCCCCUGGAAAAAGUGGAAGCUUUUUCUAUUUGACCAAUGAUGACCGUUACAUGAUAAAGACCAUGAAGAAAUCAGAAGUAAAGGUUUUUCUGAGAAUGCUGCCUGGUUACUACAAACAUGUUCGGGCUUUUGAGAACACACUAGUCACAAAGUUCUUUGGCCUCCAUUGUGUUAAGCUAACAGGAACUGCACAAAAGAAGGUUCGAUUUGUCAUCAUGGGAAAUCUAUUCUGCUCACAAUAUGCCAUCCAUAGGCGCUUUGAUUUGAAAGGUUCGACCUUUGGUCGCUCAACAGACAAACCUGAGGCAGAAAUAGAGCCUACAACAACACUGAAAGACCUUGAUCUAAAUUAUAUAUUUCAUUUGCGAAAGUCUUGGUUUCAAGAAUUCUGCAGGCAAGUGGAUAGGGACUGUGACUUUCUUGAACAGGAGAGGAUUAUGGAUUACAGUAUGUUGGUAGGUCUUCACUUUCGAGGAAUGUCAUGUAGUGACACUGUUACUCCUUCUGGUCGCAGUUCCGGCGCUCAAACCCCAACUGGAAAUGGUAGCUUUGAUGAUGGAGCCCCUCGUCUUUCUGGAGUGGAUGUGGAUCGUCUUGUAGUAGAUCCUAGCCGGUGGAUUCAAUUGGGCAUAAGCAUGCCAGCACGGGCUGAAUUGACGAUGCGAAGAAGUUGUGACACUCCUCAGCUCGUUGGAGAACCAACAGGGGAGUUAUAUGAGAUUAUCAUAUUCUUUGGGAUAAUAGACAUAUUACAAGACUACGACAUUAGUAAAAAGCUUGAGCAUGCUUAUAAAUCAUUCCAAUAUGAUCCGACUUCAAUCUCUGCGGUUGAUCCAAGGCUAUACUCGAGACGGUUUCGUGAUUUCAUCUUCAAAGUUUUUGUAGAGGACUAAGUAUUCAAAAUGCAGUGACAGCACUAACCAACACAUUGAUAUCCAUGCCCAGAGUGGCCACCACCGACACACACUAGUUGGGAGGGUAUUUUGUGAUAUAGGACGGGAUACACAUUUCUGGAAUAUAUGUUCAUUCCCUCCCAACAUCUUCACCCCCUUACAGUUUGUGAAUUUUAUAUCAAUUAUAGUCACAGCUAAUGUAUGUU